AUGCACGGCGUCCCUUCGUACGAUCUUCACAUCUCUGACAACAUCCCGUCCCUCGCCGAAGCCCGUAGGCAAGCGGUGCGCAAUUCUCUUGCCUACCAUCAGAAAAACAAAGCAAUCUACGACCGAAAGUUUCUUCCUGCUGAUUUCUGCCCGGGAGACGCCGUACUCUAUGAGACCCUGUGGCACCCCAACCGUGGGAAGCUCGCUCCUGCCAUGGAAGGACCCUACACCAUACUUCGCAAGAUUUCACCUGUUAAUUAUGAAAUCGACCGCUCCAUCUUACCUCUUGGGCGGCUUACCAACAUCGUCCAUGGUAGCCAAGAUGUCUUCGAUCCACGGAAGAGGAUAGAGAUCUGUAUGACAAGCGGCAUUCAAGCUGGCAAAGGGGCGACGACCCUCAAGUCUGGAAGACCGCCUAUGGUGGUUCCGCUUCUCAAGCCUGGCCAAUCGCCCCGCAACAUUGACUCCUUCCGUCCGAUUGCCCUUACUAGCUGCGUGGGCAAGACGUUGGAACGCAUGGUUUUUCUCCACCUCGAGACCGUGCGAUUCUUUCCCGAAGUAAUGCAAGGCUUUCGGCAGGGUCGGUCGGCAAUAGAUAAUGUUAUCGCCCUAGUGACCGAGACGCAGCAGGCAAGAGCUGAAGAUCGCAUGACAGGCGCGGUCUUCCUGGACGUAAAGGAAACGUACGACACCAUUUUCCAUAGUGCCAUCGUCGCGACCCUGCAAGAAAUUGGUGUCGGAGGCACUCCCCUUCUUUGGAUCCAGGACUUCCUGAGUGACCGCUUCUUGUUUGUUCAGACGACUGAGGGGGCAGUGACCCCCACCCUGUUUGCCGCGGUGUUCCACAUGGAAAACCUAGGAGAUUACACGCGUCUCUACGUCACGCUCGACGCCUGUCAGCUCUGCGACGUCGUACUGUAUUUCAGGAAGAUUGCGCUAGAGACGGAUGGGAUGGAUAUCUUACGUGCCAUGUCCCUCGCCAGUUACGCGUGGAGCAGCGCUCUGAAGCUCACCAAUGUCAAACUCGAGCUCAUAAGCGACCAAGAGAUGUACGAAACGAUCGAGAAGGGAAUCAGGGGAGGCAUUUGUAACAGCUUCCACAGAUACUGUCGGGCUAAUCACGAGGGGUGCGACGAUUACGAUCCCCAGCAAGAAAAGACUUUUAUCCAGUACCUCGACGUGAACAGUUUGUACCCGUACGCGAUGACUUUCCAUCUCCCAACAGGAGGUUUUGAGUGGGUCGAUCCUUCGAGGUGGAGCGAGAUCGAUUUUCUCAACAUUCCUCACGAUUCGGAAGUGGGUUACGUCUACGUAGUAGACUUGUCGUAUCCCGAAGAACUGCACGCGCUCACCAGGGAUUUUCCCCUGGCACCCGAACACAGGUACGUGGACGAGAACGAACUGUCCCCCUACCAACACCACCUGAAAGAUGCGUUGUCGCUGAACGCCCCUCCCACCAAGAAACUCUUGCUGACGUGCCACGACAAAGAACGCUAUGUCGUUCAUUAUGCAUUGCUCGCUCUGUACGUGAGGUUGGGCAUGAAAAUAAAACGUGUUCACAACAUCCUCUCGUUCCACCAAGACAACUUUUUGCGAACCUUCGUGCAGAGAAACGUCGCGUUGAGGAAUGCCGCGACCACGAAAUUUGAGCGACUUCUGUACAAAACCAUGUCGAACAGCACGUUCGGUAAGUCGAUACAAAAUGUGAGACGCAUGAAAAGGUACGCUAUAGCCUACGACAAAGAAAGCGCGCUCCGAAAAGCUAGCUCCGUCGACAGUCAGCAUUUUCACAUUCUGAGUGAUAAGUGCAUCUUAUACGAGAUGAAGCAACGCCGCAUCAAAUGCACGCACCCCCUUUACGUGGGCUUUGCCAUUCUUGAAAUAUCCAAAGUCCGAAUGUACAGCUUCAUCUACGAGUCGCUCUUUUCUCGCUUGACAUGUCCAGUGCAAUUGAUCUAUAGCGACACGGACAGCAUAAUUUUUUCUCUCACGUGUGAAAGCCUGGAAGAGCAGCUGAUGAAGAUUGAGAGUGAGUUAGAUCUAUCUUCCUAUCCGCCGGACCACCCACUUUUCAACGACGAGCACGCGAACCAGAUGGGGUUCUUCAAAGACGAGACGGGGGGUGGAGUUAUUCAGGAAGUCGUAGCCAUCCGAGCGAAAAUGUACAGCAUUCUCUUGGCUGGGUCACACAAACAGAUCGCGAGAGCGAAAGGAGUUAAGAAGGGCGUGGUGAGGAAACAUUUAUUGCACGAAGUGUACCGAGAUUCUCUGUUCAAUGAAAAGGCGGUCUCUCAGAAGCAGUGCACCAUCCAGAGUAUAAAGCAAACGAUGUACACCAUUUCGAGACUCAAGAAGAGCUUGGUCCCCUACGACGACAAGCGCUAUCUCGUGGAUGCCGUACACUCCUUCCCUUAUGGGAGCUGCGAAUACGCAACGGAAAACCCGGAAGAGAGCCCGAGAGCGUCGUCGUCAGGCAUCGAGUAACCGCGGAACAAAGAGCUGCACGCGCAUGUAAUCGAGAAUAAAAGUUCUAGUCGAGACAUGCUUCUCUCUCUCUCUCUCUCUCUCUCUCGCAGA